UGCCUUCACUGCUCGAGGACCUGAGGGAUCUUCAUUAAAAAGUAAGAGUGAAAGUUCUGUUUUGUUGUAGACUAUUUCAGUAGCCAGACUGAAUGGUGAAAGUAGAGGAUGAAUGCUAGAGAGAUCUUGGCCUUAUCAUAACUGGGCUGACUAACUUUACAUAACUUCUGAGCAGUUAUCCAGACUUCAACACCAGUCAGGUGUUUUCUUUUCUCUGCCUUACACGCAUACGAGCCCUAAACUACUCAGGAAAAGAAAGUAAAUGUUUCAUCAGACUGAAGUAAACAAUUGAAUCUAUUGCACAUGCCCACGCCUGUCUCUCUCUGUACGCUAAUCUCCCAAUCAGACUUCAUUCUCGUUGUGUGACGUUCAAGUGGGCGUGCUGUUAUUUUAGCAAAUGAUCAACGCAUUCAUCUCUGAUUGGUGCAUUAGUUGCAUGUGACGAAAGGUAACCAAUCGGAAUUUAAACAGAUAGGUUAAAAAAUAUCGCCGUAAUGGUGUAGCCCCCCCGAAAACGAUGACGUUUAAUUACGAACUCUUGCUGUGUUGUCACACCAGCUGUUUGCAGAAGGAACAAAGUGUCAGUGAACAAGGCUGUUUUGCAAGAAUUUGGGAUUUAAUAAUUGGAUAAUAAAGGCGAUCUCUUCGUGAAGACAUGAGACGGGAGUUACGGAAUAAAUGACAGUUUGCAAAAGUGAACAAUUUCUCACAGAAGUGCUUACAUAAGACUGCAAGACGAUAUCGAAUGGUGGAAAGGGAUAGAUGAGCUUUAAAUAAAGCCCAGCCUAUUUACAAACUUCUUGGCUGAAUCUUCGGCAAGGAUUUAGGCUAUAGCCACACUCCGGAGGUGUGCGCCAACAAGUGGCGCAAGUUUGCGUGCGAGUCAUGAACGUGGGCACGGCUCACAGCGAGGUCAACCCCAACACGCAGGUGAUGAACAGCCGGGGGAUAUGGCUGUCCUACGUCCUAGGCAUCGGGCUGCUGCACGUCAUCCUUCUCAGCAUCCCUUUCGUCAGUGUCCCCGUAGUCUGGACUCUCACCAACCUCAUCCACAACAUGUGCAUGUACCUGCUGCUGCACACGGUGAAGGGGACCCCGUUCGAGACGCCGGACCAAGGCAAGGCGCGGCUGCUCACGCACUGGGAGCAGAUGGACUACGGCGUCCAGUUCACAGCCUCACGCAAGUUCCUCACCAUCACACCCAUCAUCCUGUAUUUCCUCACCAGCUUCUACACCAAGUAUGACCGGGUCCACUUCAUCAUCAACACCGUGUCCCUCCUGACAGUCCAUCCCAAGCUCCCGCAGCUGCACGGCGUGCGCAUCUUUGGCAUCAAUAAGUACUGAGGCACAAAGGCCAUGAGUGUGUGUGUGUGUGAGUGUGUGUUUGUUUGUUUGUUUGUUUAUAAGGACUAAACUUCCUCCUCUCUUCUGUACCAAUGGUUGGUGAAGUAUUGCUCAGCGCUCAGACGUCGAGGCCAAAGGCGAGGAUGA